AUAACCAGUCAUACCAAAGAGAGGCAGCAUUAUUUAGACAGCCGGCUACUCCCCCAGAGACUCCACCCAGUCCCCUGGGCCCGGCGUCCAGCGCGCAGACGGUGCCCGGCUCCAGGAGCUCCAGCUCCCUCCACGUGUCCUGUCUUCCCAGCAGCCUCCUCUGCCGCCUCGGGAGGAAAAUCUCCUGACAACUCGCGGUCUGCGGACUACGACUCCCAGGAGGCGCCGCGCCGCGGCUCUCCCCGCCCCACUCCCCGGGACGCGCAGGCGCCUUGGGCUCCGUCAACAAGCCGGACUGGCGACGCCUGGAUGCGGUUUCUUCCGGGAUUUGUAGUUUUUCUGGAGCUACCCGGGCCGUCUGUCAGAGGGACAAGAACUACAAGUCUCGGCUGCCCCAGCGCUGCGAGCCUGGUCACGUGGCGGGGGCCGACCGGGCGUGCGUGCCGCCGUUGAUCCGGUGCUGCAGUGAGGAGGUGGUUCUUGCCCGUGUUGUGUGUGUGUGUGUGAGUGAGAGAGCGAGUGAGUGAGUGAGUGAGUGUGUGUGUGGGGGGGACUCGGCUUGUUGUUGUCGGUGACUUCCCCCUCCCCUUCACCCCUUCCCCUCCCCGCCGCCGCUGCAGUGGCCGCUGCCUGGGCCGUAGGAAAUGAGCGAUAACGAUGACAUCGAGGUGGAGAGCGACGAAGAGCAACCGAGGUUUCAAUCUGCGGCUGACAAACGGGCUCAUCAUAAUGCACUGGAACGGAAACGUAGGGACCACAUCAAAGACAGCUUUCACAGUUUGCGGGACUCAGUCCCAUCACUCCAAGGAGAGAAGGCAUCCCGGGCCCAAAUCCUAGACAAAGCCACAGAGUAUAUCCAGUAUAUGCGAAGGAAAAACCACACACACCAGCAAGAUAUUGACGACCUCAAGCGGCAGAAUGCUCUUCUGGAGCAGCAAGUCCGUGCACUGGAGAAGGCGAGGUCAAGUGCCCAACUGCAGACCAACUACCCCUCCUCAGACAACAGCCUCUACACCAACGCCAAGGGCAGCACCAUCUCUGCCUUCGAUGGGGGCUCGGACUCCAGCUCGGAGUCUGAGCCUGAAGAGCCCCAAAGCAGGAAGAAGCUCCGGAUGGAGGCCAGCUAAGCCACUCGGGGCAGGCCAGCAAUAAAAACUGUCUGUCUCCAUCGUCUCAUCCUCCUUUCAGUUCAUCGGUAGAACCCUCAGAACCAUUUAAGAGACUCUUUAUUUUUCUCUUUCUCCCUUUUUUUUUUUAAUUUUUAUUUUUACAUAGAAGCUCUUGGACAACAGCUGUCGUUCUCCUUCCCCAUUUCCACUGUAUAUUUUUUUAAUGUAUUCCCUUCAGGGAUUCCCUGUCCCCAACAGGAAUUUUUAAACCAAAACACCCCAACUUGGCAGCUUUUUCUGUGGAGGACAGAUGGCCGGCCGGACCUCUGAGCACAUAGUGUCCUGCCCACCCUACCAGCUCCUCCAGCCCUGCCGGGCACAUGCCCAGGGGACGCCUGCCCUGCCCAGGCGGCCUCCUGGCCCGCCCUCACCUCUGAUAGACUUUGUGAAUCUGAACUGCUCUACUUUGAGAAGAUGACCGGUUUGGAGUAAUCAGAAUGAACCCUCCUCCUUUUUAAGGGUUUUUUUUUUUCCUUUUUCUAAAAAGCUAUGUAUCGCUCCUAUUGAAAGACCAGAUCCUUAAAGAAGUUUGUGGUAUAAAAAGAAAGUGGGGACAGAUUCGCAGCACAGAGUUGCUGGCAUGUUUCACUCCUGCUUCUCUCAGACAGCUGUUUAAGCCUGCGGCGCCAGCCUCACGGAGGGCCGUGUGACACUCUCGUGGUAUGUAUGGGAGAUGGCAUCAGUGAAGCAGCAGCCACCAGGGAGUGGCCAUUUGGGGUUGGGACAGGGAGGGUGUUUUGGGUGGCAUAGAGGUUUUGUAUUGAGGGCCAGUGAUGAUGUUUUGAUAUUUAUUUCCUGCUACUUAAAUUUGAAUUUGAGUGAAUUGUACCUAUUUCUGAUGAUGUCGGUCUUGCAAAGCGACAGAUUCAUAAAGUAAUGAUGAACUCUUUCUUUCUUCCCGUGUGUAUUUCUAAGAAAUAGAGCCAACUGAUUUUGUAUGUAAAUACCAAGAGCAAUUUACCUGGUACUAAACCCGCACCCCAGUGCGGACCCUUCCCAGCCCUCACCCCACUUCUUUCCUACUGUCCUGGAACCUGUCUCCAUUGUGUGAUCCAGCCCUGGUUCUGGCUGUGGUCAGCAGAUCCCAGUGAAGGGUUUUGUGUGUUUAGGCCUCAUUUCUUUGUCUUUUUCCUACUCCGUUCCUGGCAUUUGCUGAUUUCUAGUGUAUACUCUGUAGUCUCAGUUCGUGUUUGAUUCCAUUCCAUGGAAAUAAAAAGUAUGUUGUACAUACUGCCGAAGAAUUGUCUUGCAAGUUAAGGCUUCCCCCUUUACUAUAAGACUAUAAAUAAAAACUUAUUUUAUCCUU